AUGAAUCGUUCUCCAACUAAUACACCUAUUAAAAAGACAUGGAAUAAGAAUGCCAUUAAAGUUUCAAAAAAGUUUUCAAAAUUAUUUCAAGAAUUAAGAAAUGAAUCAUCAAAAGGAGAGUUAUCAGAGAAAUCUAGUAUAAAAUUAAAUCAACAAUUAGAAAUAAUGGAAUCAAUUUUUUUACAACAACCAUAUCAUGAAGAAAUUGCACCAGAUGAUGUUGGAUGUGCUUUUAUUAAUUUAUUAGAAAGUUCUAUUGAUUUUUUAUUAAGAGCUGAAAAUGAUGAUAGUACAGUUAGAGUUUAUGAAUUGAUUUAUAAACUUGUUAUAUUUGAAGGAUAUCAACCAUAUUAUUUAGAAGAAUUUCCACCAGAACGUAUGACAUCAGGAAUGAUAAAUAUGUUUACUGGAUAUCAUUCAGCACUUUUUAGAUGUGCAUUAUUAUUAAUAUCUUCAUUAUCAUCUUCAAAUAUUCUUAAUGAAGUUAAAGAUCAAAAAGAUAAAUUAAAAGUAAAAAAAUUAACUACAUUCCAAUUUGUUAUAACUGCACCUCCUUUAGAAGAAAUUCAAUAUAAAAUUAUUUCAAAAAUUUUAUCAGCUAUAUCAUUACGUAUUCCAUCAAUAUUAAAAGAUAUUUUUGAAUCUGUUGGUUCAAAACAAAUUCCAAUAUGUCGUAAUUUAUAUAGAAUUACUGUUUGGGAUUCAUUUAAUAAAUAUUGUUGUAAUAUAAAUAAAAAUUGUCAAAGAUUUUCAAAUGGAAUUUCUGGAGUAGAUACUAAAUGGACAUUACAUUUUGCAGCUCGGUUACCAUUUUCAUAUUAUUAUUUUGUAUCAUUUCUUGAAGACCUUUUAUUAAUUUUUGAAUAUACUUCUGAUCAAUUUAUUUCAGUUCCUGGGUAUUCUAUUCUUAAUUCAUUAAUUACUCAUUUAUCUCAUGGAAGAAUAUCAAAAAUUAGUGAUAUUGAAAUGUUUUAUAAAACUGAAGCACUUUUAUGUGUAACUGAUUAUCCUACAAUUUUAAAUCAAUAUAUUAAUGAUAGAUUAUCAAGAACUAAUACUUAUUCUAUUGAUAAUUUAGCAAUGUUUGUUGUAUCUUUUCAACAUAUCUUUAUGCAACUUAAUGAAAAGAAAAUUAUUAUAGAAAAUAUAGAAAUGAAACGUAUUAUACAAAUAUUACAAGCAAUUGUUACAUCUGAUUCAUAUUAUGCUUUAACUGUUAUGUUUUCAAUGAUUUAUGAACUUCUUCCUAUUCUUAAUAAAAAAUAUCGUGUAAUGCUUAUUACUUUUAUUAUGGAUAAUUUUGAACAUUUCUUUGUUCAUUGGUAUUACCAAGCACGUAUUUUCUUUUUUAAAUUAAUUCUUCUGAAAAUGACACUUGCUCCUUCUUUCAGAAUCAAUGGUGGACUUCUUCAAGAAGAAAUACAAAAAUAUAAUACUUAUGGUGAUUUAUUAUAUGACCAAUCAGUUUGUAUUCGUAUAGAAGAAAAAAUAAGAACUUUAAGAAAUAUCCAAAAAAAUAAUGAGCAAUUGAGUGAUUCAGAAAAGAAAAAUAUUAUUUAUAUCAACCAAGCAUUUAAAGAAUUCAAUGAACAAUCCCAAUUCUUAGAACAAUGGAAAAAUUCAAACUCAUUAACUUGUCCAAUUGCUCAUUUAGAUUUAUCUUUAGUAAGUAAUCUUGUAAGUAACCUCAUUUAA